GGGAGACAGGACUCGUCCUCCGCCUCCUCACACGGGCGUCACGUCCGGCCCUGUCACAGGACAGAACCAACAAGGACGAGCUGGGGAGUCUGGGACCCCAAAUACAGGGCAGGACACCUGCACCCCAAGACGUGUAACCGGGGUGUGACAGCGCCACCUGCAGCCCGGGGGGACCCCAGUAUUCAAGGGGGGAGAGAGAAGAAACACUUUUUUUGGACAGAAAAAUGUCUUCUCCACAAGUGGGACACCUGUGACGGCUAUGGUGGCAUCUCCAGAAUUUCCAUGGUCAGCCGGAUAUUAGGAUGUGUAAUGAUCACAGACACAAUCUGCAAUGUCCGCCAUCAUGGUAGACACCGAUGGAGAUUUCUGCUCGGUAACUCCCUUGGAGGACGAUGACCUAGGAAGCCCAUUGUCCGGGGAAUUCCUCACGGACAUGGUGGAUAUCCAGGACAUCACCCAGUGCAUCGAAGAAAAUGGGUCCACCUCGUUCAGCACUGCCGAGUACACAUAUCUGGGGAACAGCUCCUGGCCAAACGGAUCGAUCAGCACAGAUAUAACAGACACCCUGUCACCAGCAUCCAGUCCGUCCUCUAUCACCUUCCCUGCUCCUGCUAGUGGCACAGAAGAUCAGUCCAACAAACAGCUGACCCUCGAGUGCCGGGUCUGUGGGGACAAGGCAUCAGGAUUCCAUUAUGGAGUUCACGCAUGUGAAGGCUGCAAGGGCUUUUUUAGAAGAACAAUUCGCCUGAAGCUGGUGUAUGACAGAUGUGAACGGGUUUGUAAAAUCCAGAAGAAGAACCGGAACAAGUGCCAAUAUUGCCGGUUCGAAAAGUGCCUUAGUGUUGGAAUGUCUCAUAAUGCAAUUCGUUUUGGGAGAAUGCCCCGUUCUGAGAAAGCGAAGCUCACCGCUGAAAUCCUCACGUGUGAACAAGACGUCAAGGACUCCCAAAUGGCCGACCUUCUGUCUCUGGCUAAAGUGAUCUACGAGGCUUACCAGAAAAACUUCACUAUGAACAAAGUAAAAGCUAGAUCAAUUCUCACCGGGAAAGGCAGCAACUCCCCUUUUGUAAUACAUGAUAUGGAAACAUUAUGCAUGGCAGAAAAGAUAGUAGCCAAGCUUGUGGCCAACGGUAUACAGAACAAGGAGGCCGAGGUAGCGAUCUUCCAUUGCUGCCAGUACACAUCAGUGGAAGCUGUACCUGAAACUUACGACUUUGCCAAAUCCAUACCUGGAUUAUCGAAUGACCUGAAUGAUCAAGUGACCCUACUAAAAUAUGGAGUCUAUGAAGCCCUGUUUGCCAUGCUGGCUUCUGUAAUGAACAAAGAUGGUGUUGGUGCCUAUGGGAAUGGUUUUAUCACCAGGGAGUUUUUAAAGGAAAGGAAGCCAAUAGGUGACAUGAUGGAACCGAAAUUUGAAUUUGCCAUGAAGAACAACGCUUUGGAAUUGGAUGAUAGUGAUAUAUCUCUCUUUGUUGCUGCUCUCAUUUGCUGUGAGUAGGAACCGUCCAGGACUGUGAAUGUACCAAGUAUAGAGAAAAUGCAAGAAAACAUUGUGCACGUUCUGAAGCUUCAUCUGCAGUCUAACCACCCGGACGACAGCUUCCUCUUCCCCAAGCUCUUACAGAAAAUGGCUGACUUGAGGCAGCUUGUGACAGAGCACGCCCUUCUAGUCCAGACCAUUAAAAAGGCUGAAACCGAUGCGUCGCUCCAUCCAUUACUGCAAGAGAUUUACAGGGACAUGUACUGAGGACUUGUAGUAGUGUUUUCAGGGUGUACUCUUCCUGUUUUAAUGGGAGCAAGGCAUUAUACAUAGAUAUUCCCAACCUUCAGAAAUGAGUUUGUUUUAAAGCUUCCGUGCCUUCCACCUCAAAGGUUUCCGCCAUAGAGCGUUGACACUACACCGUUCCAUCAUCAGUCUUCCUUGUUAUAUUUACGAAAUGAGGAACAUUUUUUUUAUUUUUUUUGCAAUCAAAUGUUAAGAUAAUCUAGCAAUACUUACAAAUCUCAGGUUAGCAUCUCAAGGAGAGAGAUUACAUCUUCUAUAGACAUGGUACAAUGCCACAAUCCUCUUUCUUUAAGCCAAGAAGAUAUGAGACCCGGCAGAAAGUACAUAGUAAAUUAUUUGAUCUUUGAUAUUUUCAUUGAAUUGUUGAAGCUUGCAGUAUCAUUCACAUAACCAACUUUGCCAGAUCUAUUACUGGUACUCACUGCCAUCCCUUGAAGGGGUUAAAAAUAUGCCACAUCUAGUGACCACCUGGGACUGGAUGACUUUGGAUUUGAACAAAUGGGUAUCUACGGUCACCAUAGCCUUAAAGUGGAGAAAGUGCACCCGAUAGCAUGGAACAGCCCACAGUCUCCAGGAUUAACACACUGUCGUAUAUAACUCUCCUAUGGGAGUCAGAUUUAAGAUAUUUUUAGGCUUCCUAACUCAAGAAGAAAUCUAUAUUCUUUACAAAAUUUAUGGUAGAUACCUAAAUACAGAUGGUUUAUGGAA